GUUAACUCUCACACAGCGGAUACUCUCCUUACACUUUAUGAAGAGGGAAAAAAAGAACUUACUUUUUAGAUUGACAUUUCUUCAAGUUGUGAUGCGCUAUUUUCAUUUUAUUUCUUUUUAACUUUGCCUGUUUUUUAGUUUGCGCGCUUGAAAUCCUGCUGCGUCUUGAGCGCUUUUUAAUUGGUUGGUUGUUAUUUUGAAUCAUGGCCUUUAAAUUCACCGUUUUGACGCACCUGCUGCUGUUUUUGAUCGAAUGUGGACUUGCCCAUGAAGUGUCAGACUUUGUGUCGGAUGUGGUACCUGAUGAAGUCAGUGACAGCACAGAAACGGACAGGGUUUCACAGCAUAUGUUCAAACUCUACGAGAAAUACAACAGAGAAGCGCACUGGCCAAAGAACACAAACACUGUGAGAAGUUUUAAAGCCAAGCCUGAAAGCUUGGAGCAACGAGUUUUGUAUCACCUGAAUCUUACAUUGCUUCAAGAUUCCGAAGCAGUUCUCACCUCAACGCUUCACUUCUUUUUUGACAAACGGCCACGACAGAGGUCCUGGUUUUGCAAGCAUUUCCGCAGUCCUUCCUGUCGCAUCCAGAACCUUCACAACCUGCCUUCAUUUUAUCUUUUAUUCCGAAGUCCUUCAUCUGAUUCCCCUUUAGGCUCCUUGCUUGGGAACAUCACUGUUUACCCACAGAGUAGAGGGCUAUGGCAAACUAAGGAUGUGUCUCAAAUUAUAAAGGAAGCAAGACUUAGGAAACAGGCUGUGAUAACACUGGAGUUUGACUAUAGCAAAAAAUAUCAAAGGUUUCAGGAAAGCUUGCCAGCCUUCAGCCUGCCAUACAUGUUAGUGUAUGCCAAUGACCAAGCUAUAUCAGAGCCCAACAGUGUGGCCAUGGGUUUACAGAGGUAUGACCCUUUACCUGCAGAUGAGAAGACCACUGAAACUUUAAACUCCUCACCUGACAUGCGGGUUAAACGGGACUUGUAUUUUCCUGAUCCGAUCCAAAACAAUGAACUUCCUGAGGUGGAGUAUAACAGCUUCAAGGAGCAUGAUAAGUGGGAAAGCACUUAUCUAACACUGAAGCCAAAGAAUUCUAAAAAGGAGCAGAGAAAGAAAGACCAGAGGCCUGUUGAUGGGCCAAAGUUACAGGUUCUCAGCUUUGAUGAGAAAACCAUGAAAAAAGCACGAAGGAGACAAUGGAGAGAGCCUCGUGUCUGUUCUAGGAGGUACCUGAAGGUGGAUUUUGCAGAUAUUGGCUGGAGUGAAUGGAUCUUGUCCCCUAAAUCCUUUGAUGCCUACUACUGUGCAGGAACUUGUGAAUUUCCUUUACCUAAGGUUGUUCGCCCUUCCAACCAUGCAACCAUUCAAAGUAUAGUGAAGACGGUUGGUAUCAUUCCAGGCAUCCCAGAACCCUGCUGUGUACCUGAGAAAAUGAGCCCACUCAGCGUUCUCUUCUUGGACGAAGGCAAAAACAUUGUAUUAAAGAACUAUCCUGACAUGUCAGUGGAGACCUGUUCCUGUCGAUAAGCUCAGUGGUCAGUGGAAUAACCACAGAUGCGAUUAACCACAGACCAAAACAAAAUGUGAAGAGGCAUAUUGUCUGUAGUUGCCACAUACUGUGCAGUACAAACUGUAACGAUUUGCUGUAAAGGGCUUUACACACUUUGUGCAUCCAUUCCAAUUUACUGUUUUCUUUUUAAUGAGGAUUUUUAAUCCUAAAUAAUGGACUUUCUUACUGAGAAAACAUUCAGUAUACAGUACAUUUAUUAAGAAAUUGUAUGGUACAUUAGUUAUUGCAUUGCUGCUUUUAUAUGAAAUAGAGGCAUUAUUUUUGACGGCAAA